ACUCUGGGUAUUUAAACACGCUUUAAAAUGUUUGAACAGAGCUCAACCUGCAAAGUACAGCUGUGAUAUGAAUAUACAGGGGGGUAAAGAAGUCAGAUAUUUCCCUGUGAAAUGUGGUAAAUGUUUCUGAGUUUGCAGCUCCUCACAGCUGAUUCUACUCAGCGUGACUAGCAGACACCUGUCUGCCUCCAUGACCUCUGAGAUCAUGCUGCAUGUGCUCCUCUCUGCUCUGCUGUUUGCUCAGCUCAUGGGAAAUGCUGACUGUGGUCCAAUAAAGGAGGCUAAAAAAGCCCUGCAGGAAGACUGGAUCAUGAGGGCUUUGCAUUACAUGGAGAGAAACCCAGAGACUCUAAAUGAGCUGAUGAGCCAGGACUACACUCUGACAGAGGGAGACAUUGUGCUGUCAGCUGACAGGAACGCCGUGGAGAGUGUCUGGAUGACCCGUGAGAUCCCAUACCUCAUCACUGAAGACUUGGCCAGCAGGACAGAGGACAUCCUGUCUGCAAUGGCGAUGCUGUCUGAGCACACCUGUGUGAAGUUCCACAACAGGACGUCCGAGACAAACUACCUGAUAUUCAAACCCAGUAAAGGCUGUGCGUCGUACGUGGGCUUCAUCGGAGGAGAGCAGCCCGUGUUUGUGGGGCCGCCGUGCACCGUGGGUAAUAUCGUCCACGAGAUCCUUCACGCUCUGGGCUUUCACCACGAACACACAAGGGAGGAUCGAGAGAAGUACAUCACCGUCCUGAACCAUAACAUCAUGGAAGGGAUGGAGAGAAACUUUGAAAAGAAACCUGGAGAAACAUUUGGACUUCCUUAUGACAUCAUUUCCAUCAUGCACUACGGCAGAGAGUUUUUCUCGUCCAACGGCCUGCCCACCAUCGUACCAAAGGGCGACGUGAUGGAGAUGGGACAGAGAGUCAAACUGACAGACAUGGACAUCCAGAGAGUCAGACACCUCUACAGCUGUGACUUCCCAGAAAACACUCUGGAGAUUGAGAGCAGUGAGGUAGUGCAGCAGGAGGAUGCUCACUGGUCCAGAUUCAUAUACAGCGAUGAGAUUUCUGCAGACAAAACAGAGGAAAAUCACAAGACUGCAACCACCCGUCCAUCUGCAGCGAUGCAGCAGCAGACUGCUGCCUCUAGGGGGUGCAAGAACACCAGCUGAGAGACUGAAGUUUAUAUGAAUAAAAGCAACAAGAGACA